GUACAAGUCAACACUUCAGCUGAACGGUGAGUUCCGACAGUUCGCAGUUCAACAGGUGCUCCGUUGUGUGAAGGCUCAGUCCUUAGAGAGGAAGGACGCCCGUGCCGUGACAUUUAAGAAGAGAGGGCCGCUGUUGCGUCUGAAGUCAAUGGGCCAACAUAUAGCUUCAUAUUCUAUUAUCGAUCGAGCUAAACUGGUCCAAAACCCCUGACAGCUUUGUGAGUUUCCUGUGGAGGCAUGUGGCUCCUAGAGAAGCUCCGCGGCUCGAUAGAUGGCAAUGGAUCUCGAUCUUCCUCAAGCGGGAACAGCAGACAGAACCAGACAACCCCACUCUCGGUCUACAGCAACAUCCUCACCCCAGACAAGAUCCCUGACUUCUUCAUUCCCCCCAAACUGAUCUGCUGCCCCCCCGAGGCUGAGUCUCUCACUCCAGAGCCCCAGCCUCGCUCCUCCCUGCGCUCCUCUGCUUCGGACCACGCCAUCUGCAGCCAGACGCCCGGCCGGAGCAGCAAGAACCCUUGCAGCCCCCGCCUGCUCUCUCGCCUGACAGGGGACACGCGCAGCCUCCUAAAGUCUGCCAACCGCCACAUCAUCCAGAUUGAGAGUGCCGACGACCCCGCGACAGGCCCGGGAGAAGGAGGUGACCCCAACACCAACGCGGACCCUCAGUCCCAGACAGCGAUGUCUUUGCCCUACGUCCCCAAGGCCCAGACGUCCUACGGCUUCUCCACCCUGGUGGAGUCUCCCCACACCCGCCGCAAGGAAUCCCUCUUCCACAGCGACCCCAACAGCCCCCUCACCUCCCCCAACGUCCAGAGAAGCACCCAGGGGGGGAACCACCUGGCCCCUGCAGACACCAACCCGUACCGUUACUUCAGCGGGGGGGAGAGUGACACCUGCUCCUCGGCUGAGUCCUCCCCCUUCACCUCCCCUCUCCUCUCCCGCUCUGCCUCACUACUACGCUCCAUCACCCAGGAGACUCAGGCUAAGGUGUCUCGUGCCAAGCGCACCCUGGCACGGCACAGCUCCCUCUCCACGGAUGAGUGCAGCUCAGCGGACAACAGCCCCAACCUGCAACGCCGGCGCCUGCGCUGCCCGCCCUCCCCCGCCUUCCGCAAGGGCCGCAAGGGCGGGGCCGGCGGCCCCGGGGGGGCGUCCUCCGACCUCCAGCAGCGGGAGCACACUGUCAACCUCCACAAGGGCGGAACCCUGCGUCUCAGCACGCAUUACGACGCCGACGCGUCCCGGCUGAGGGUGCGCGUGCUGGCGGCCGAGGACCUGUACGACCGCCAGACGGAUGUGAAGAGCAUCAACUGCUGCGUGUCGCUGUACCUGAACCCUGGCAAGCUGCAGAAGCAGAGGAGCACCAUCAUCAAGAACAGCAGGAACCCGGUGUUCAACGAGGACUUCUUCUUCGACGCCGUGCCUCAGGCCCAGGUCAAGAGCCUGGCCAUGAAGAUGAAGGUGGUGAACAAGGGCACCAGCCUGAAGAGGAACGUGCUGCUGGGAGAGCGAGAGGUGAUUCUCAGCGAGCUGCUCUCGGGCUGCUAGACCUCCGCCUCGCUUCCCAUGCGUAUACCUUCACACACCCAUACACAUGCACAUGCACACUUGCAUGCAUGCACGCCAACACACACUGUUCGACUCCUCUUCUCAUCACUAGAUAUUGACAGAGACAGGACAGGUGAAUGACAUGGGACGAAGCUAUGGCUCACACUAACAGUACAGUAUACACGCUGACCUCAGGUGAACGUUCACAGGAUAUCCUCACCCAAGUCAUUAUUCAAACAAAAACAAGCUGAUGAGAAAUGUUCAGUUGCACAUAUUACUGAUUAAUGUUAUUUCUCUCGAUAGUGGGCUUUAUGGAAUUUCAUCCAAAUCUGACUUCACAGCAGUACAAUACUAUGCGCUCUUUCUUUCUCUCUCUCUCUCUCUCUCUCUCUCUCUCUCUCUCUCUCUCUCUCUCUCUCUCUCUCUCUCUCUCUCUCUCUCUCUCUCUCUCUCUCUC